AUGAGGGCGAGGCAAGCCCACGGAAAAAUCACACCUCCAGAGGGUGCAGAGCUUGCUUCGAUAAAGCUUAAUGGCAAAGACAAAACAGAGGUCGCAGUCUUCAUCUCCGACAAAGUCAAGAAGAUGCGAGUUGAGCACGCGUUUAUCAUCGUCCAUGGAAAACUUCGAGAUGGAGAUUACUAUUGGGAGACGAUGAACAAGGUCGUGAAACGUGCAAAGGAAGCGAACUACCCUGGAUCGAAUCGCGAAAGUGUUAUUAUCGCCCCUCAAUUAUUCUCGACUGUCUUCAACUCGGGCCAAUACACGUCACGCCAACUUGCUUGGGGAGAUCUGAACGCGUGGCAAGCCGGUAGUGUGGCGACACAUCCCUCCGGUACAAACUUUUCGUCGAUGGAUGCACUGGAUGCGUUGGUCGGGGAUAUAUCAGACAGAUCAAAGUACCCCAGCCUGAUAAAUGUCACCAUUGUUGGCCAUGGUGGUGGUGGACAGCUUGUACAGAGGUACGCAGCUGUUGGCAAGGACCCUCCCGCUCACAUCUCCGUCCGCUACAUUCACGGCGAUGCUUCAUCCUGCGCAUACUUUACCACAGAUCGACCAAUCAUGGAAGACGAAGGCGCUGCGCCAGGCGCCUGCGAGUUCUACAAUACUUGGCGUUACGGAUUUGAUCAGUUCCCCGGGACAAUCGACGGUCGAAAAUCACCCAAGGAAUAUUUUAAGCAGUACAUCACCCGGGAUGUUAUAUCAAUUGUUGGAUACCGUGAUGUGAAAAGCAACGGCGAUACAUCCUGCAUGGCAACAGCUCAGGGAGGAACUAAGAGGCGAGAUCGUAAUCUGGUUUGGUACAGGUACAUCAACACACUUGCCCGGACGAGUGAGAACUUGGAUGGAUUUCCUGGAAGGUUCGGCGUCCUCCCAGAUUGGAGUUCGGUUUCAAACGGCUCUGUCAGUUUGCGAUUGAGUGUGGUUGAGGAUGCUGACCAUGAUGUGGCUGAGGUUCUGCAAAGUAAGAACGGUCUAUCAGCACUAUUCAGUGACGGAGAGGUAUAUGCUGGCUGGAGGCCAGAGGCUUAG